AUGCAAGUGGCGCUGGUGAUCGCCACACUACGCCCACGUCGAGUGUGCCUGCUACGCUCUUCCAUCAGCGAUAUCGAUUGCAACAUGGGUCGCUUUCCCCCGGAGCUUGAGCAGGCCAUCCUCAAAAUGUGCGCCGAGGAUGACUGGAGUUUCAUCCCCACACUUCUCUGCGUCGCUCAGCGCGCACAUAUAUGGCUCGAACCUCUCCUGUACCAACAUGUCUAUAUCAGCACCGACCUUGAACGAAAGCCCGCGCAAGACGCUUUCUUCCAUGUCGCUGUUGCCCGCCCACAAUCCUUUCUCGCAAAAAGUGUGCGUGUGGUGGUGCUCGAACUGGACCAUUCUGGAACACCAGCUCAAGACCUUCUGGAGCGCACCUACCAUGCACUGCGGUCCUGCACUGGGAUCCAGGAAUUCGCCGUGAAUGGUGCUGACAAAAUGGACAUUGGGCCAACAUUGUUUCCAAUCUUGGCCACCAUGCCGCUUCGCCGCCUUGGGGCUUUUCUCGAAAAUCUCCUACCAUACCCAAUCUCGAUGAAAGACCAUGCACCUGCGUUCUCAGCGCUCACGCACCUCGAUGUGUUUGACAACGAAGGCCACAACAGCCACUCCCGCGACUCAGACCUCAUUCGCAUUGUUCCAUUCUUAACGGCGCUGCCCAGCCUGACCCACCUUGCACUUGAGAGCCAGCCACCAGCCCAUUGCAUCCAGCAAAUCUUGGAUGGUUGUGCCUUUCUUCAGGUGCUUGCCUUCAUGGAGCCCUCGCAGACCUUGAUCCCCGACCUCGUCCCUGAUCUCAUAGAAUAUCUCCACGGCUUACCGAUCUGUGACCCAAGAAUUGUCGUAUCCGUCUAUGACGAAUGGGAAGAGGUCAUCUCCAGCUACGAGCACUCCUUCUGGACGGCAAUCGACAUUUUUCUUGAAUACAGGAAGCAAGGCCGCAUCGACAAGGACCGUAUUUACACGGGCGAUUUUCAUGAUGAAUAUUCAACAGAUCCCACAGCGCAGCUCAUUAGACAGCAAAUUCUCGAUGUAGCCUAG